UUUAGGCGAGGGACGGAGAGUCAAGGGGCGAACUGGGGAACAAGCUCGGCAGUGGGCUUCCAAGCGCGUGUCUUGCAAAGACAUCACCGACAGGGCGGGAGACGGGAGUGACGCCGUAUCGACCGCAGGGACUUUAUAGACUUUGCUGAACCGGUAGAUAGCCACCCUACACAGUGUAUGUGCAGUUUGUGUAUGCAGGGUAGAAAGGAAACUAAUUUAAGCCAACACGGUGGCGAUGAGAAGAAAUUGAAUUUCCAUUGGUUUCGGUGCGUCGCGCAGUCGGACUCUUGACUCUGGUGAUGCCCGUGGUGUGGGGGUCGCCGUGCAUCUCAGGAAAACAGGGCGUCGGAGGAUGAUGGUGAUGAUAGGAUCAUCAUGGCAAACGGAACCGGCACUAUUAUGUUGAAAUGCGUUGUGGUUGGAGACGGUGCUGUGGGCAAAACGUGUCUGUUGAUGAGCUAUGCCAACGACGCCUUUCCAGAGGAGUAUGUGCCCACUGUGUUUGACCAUUAUGCAGUGAGUGUCAACGUUGGCGGGAAGCAGUACUUAUUGGGAUUGUACGACACAGCUGGUCAGGAGGACUAUGACCGCUUGAGGCCUUUGUCGUACCCCAUGACCGACGUCUUCCUCAUCUGCUACUCUGUGGUCAACCCGGCCAGUUUCCAGAACGUGAGGGAAGAGUGGGUCACCGAGCUGCAGGAGUAUGCCCCCAGUGUCCCAUACCUCCUCAUAGGCACCCAGAUUGACCUUCGUGACGACCCCAAGACCAUUGCCAAACUGAAUGACAUGAAGGAGAAGCCCAUCACCACAGAGCAGGGCCAGAAGCUAGCCAGGGAGAUCGGUGCGUGUGUCUACGUGGAAUGCUCGGCUCUCACCCAGAAAGGACUGAAAACUGUAUUUGAUGAGGCCAUCAUCGCUAUCCUGACCCCCAAAAGGAAGAAGGGAGUCCUGAAGAGAAGACUGGGGCCGCGCUGUAUCAACUGCUGCCUCAUCACGUGAGAGAGAUGGGAACAUCCAACAACACCUGGGUCAUAUUCAUUAGGGCAUGCAACAGAAAACAUUUUUAAAACAUGUCAAAACGGAAAACAAAAACAAGCAUUUUUUUCUGGGACCAGAUCAGAUAGCCCCACCCUGUUUCAGACUGUUUUUCUUCCAUUUGGUGUCUAAUGAAUACAUGGCUGAAUAAUACAAACCAGAAUGAAUGACAGAGACGGAGAGGUCAUAAGAAGGCGACUGAAGGACCGAAAUUGACAAAUGAGGACCCUAUUUUUAGUUCAGGGCUGUUGAGCGGUUUUGUUUCUCUCCUGCUGUCGACCAAUGGAGUUGUGGGGCAGCUUUACUACCAAAAGAGCACAAUACCCAGGUCAACAACGCCCUUCAGUAAGACUUAUUUUCCUUCAAAAGUAUGUUAUUUUAAAGUUUUUUUUAAUCCUUUUCCUGUACAAAAAUAUGUUGCGAGCUGUCAGAAAACACAGAGGUAUCAUGGUGUCCAUUUAACUCCUGAUAUGUGUAUUUUUUUUGUACUAUCUGCCGUAGAAAUGAAUGAAUGGGUGCAUUGCAUUUAUUUAAAGCGCUUUCCAUCAGGCCUACAAGUGCUUUACAUUAUGUGUUGGGUAACUCACCUUAACCACCACCAAUGAAAUACAUACAUACUGUAAAAAAAUAAUAAUAGACUUUGAUCCCCUCUAGUAUGGGGAGUUUCUAUGGUCCCAUAUUUGAGGACACUAUCUGCUCCUCUUGCUGAGCGUGCAGUGCUAAUAUAAAAAAACAUGGAUUUAUAUUAGUCGGUAGCCCAAUGGUGCCGAAAUAAUCAAAUGCACACACCUUUAUGGGAUACAGGGAUGUAGGGAGAGAGGCGCAAACAUAUCUCCAGCACCAACAUGAAGCACAGUCCACAUACCUAUCCCUGUCCAUUAAAGCACAGUUUAAAAAAAUCAAUAUCAUGGUUUGCGUUUUCUACACCACAAUAAUAGGUGGUGGGCUGUAGCAAGCUAUCUGCUUUAGUUUUCGAGAUGAUCGAUCUCUGUCGAGGGAGGAGCUGGUUUUUACAUAUUGUGUAUAUUUAUUUCUUCUGAACACAUUUCCGUUUGUUGGAAAUGUCAAUUCUUGCAAAGUUUUUCAAAAUACUUUUUAAUGUUCGCUAGCUGGAAUACUAAAUUGUAAACCAAUAAUAAAUUGGUGUACUAUCCAAGUAGCAAAAUGUCCUCUGUAGGAAGGCGGGGGGCAAUACAUGAAUAUUCAUGAAUCUCGACAUAGAACCCGUCGGGUGAUUUAGAUUGAGCCUUCUUGAAAAGACACAGCUAUCAAGACUUGGGAGUUCAUGGGCAUACAGGCUACAUUAGCCAACUGGUUCGACAUAAUUACACUACGGGCAAGAAUAACUGGCGACUAGUUAGUUUUCAGAUUAAUAUUUUCAACGCUUCAACUUAGUUUAUCCACUGACCACCGCAUUUAGGAGAUUAGCUAUUUACUGAAAUAUAGCUAGCUAGGUCACUGGCCAGGCAGUAGCCACUAACUAAUUGUGGACGCAUUCCAUAUUCUUUGAUACAUUUGGGAUAACUUGCUCAUAUCAAGCAACGCAUACCAGACCGUUUGUGGAAAGGUAAAAAAUAACAAUUAGUGGGCUCGUUUUUUGAAUGAUCAGACAGUGAAACUAAAAUAGAUUGGUUGCUAGCUGCUGAUGCUUUCAUUUAUUUCCCAAUUAAUUUGGUGAUCAAGCUGAAGCUGGGUUUCCCAAGUCGUUCA